GUGGAUAAUUGACCCGCAUCGAAAAGACCUUGCUGGUUUUAUUUUUUUAUAUUUUUUUUUUCCUGCUGGAGUACAGUACUAGUACAUACACUUCCCUCCUCCUACGAGUACGGUACCGGUACUUACUCUACCCUUGAUUACCGAUCCUCUCUUCCCCUUCCCCUCCACUCUCCUAUGAUACCUUGUCAUUCUUUGGCGAAAAGUAGCUUGGAGGAAUUUUCGAUACCCAAAAAAGGGAAGAGAAAACAGGAGAAAGCACGAGGGAAUAAGAAAAAGCAAGAAAAACGAAGGAAGGAUCAGGCUUCCAGAAGAGAGGUAAAACGGUAACGGUAGAAGCAAGCUAGGCCGCGGCUCACUCUCCAAUUCACUGCUUGUUACUGUUCUCGAGUACUUCACUCACUACACACACACACGCCUACUUAUUUUCUAUUGGAUUUCAUCUCCAUUUUCUUACCCAACUCGACUGCCGAAAUCACAUCGACUAUCAUACCUCCUGCUUUCCUCACCACUGCAGGAAGGUGAAAGAAAGGGCUUAGGAAGUGGGAGAAGAAAAAAAAAAAGGCCACCUCCCACCCACAUACAUACAUCACACUCACACACACACAUUCAGACCAUUACCCACCCCCCCCCCUCUUCCCUUUCCCCUCUUCUAGGAUACCGGUAGCCCUCACUCUCACCAUUUCAUCCGUAACAUACCUACUUUCCCUACCCACGGUACUCGAGCUACCUCACCACCUUCAUACAUAGACUGCUUCAGGAAAAGGUCCCCAAAAAAUAAUUAUAUACUGGACCCAUCCUCCUCCCCCCCUUCACACUUUACAUAUCUAUCUAUUCCUAUCAUACCUCACCUACAUCAUCACAUCGAUUGAUAGCACUUCCUACCAUUAUCCGUCCAUUCCCUUCCGGUGGUCAGGUCGGAUCAGCUCGGCCAGCUAUAUAUCGUUCCUAUCCCCCGAGCUCUCUUCUGUCGGAACAACAAUCGACAAAUCUUCCUCCUCCUCCCCCCUACUAUCCCCUCUAUCCUUCUCUCCCCUACCCAACCCUCAAACCCAAUCAGCCCACAACGAUUAUCCCUACCGAUCUACUAUCUCUCGAUCAGAAAUAAAAGUAUAAAAAAAAACAAAGCAGGAUUUUAAGACACCGCCUCGACAAAAAUAAAGUGGAGACCUCAAAACUGCAAUUCCGUCCAACAACCUUCCCUGUUUUAGACCGCGCAGCAAGCAACGCGACGCAACACCGCACAGAGCACUGAUAGCGGAAGAUAAGCUUCCAAAACCGGGCCGCGCGAAUUAACGAAACCCAAUCCCCAUCCAUCCUUCUCAAUUAGUUCCCCCUUGUCCUGCCACCUGCAAGCCCUGCUGUUCCGGGCGCGGGCGGAGACAGCCUUUUCCACACCAGGAGAAGCACCACACUCAGUGCAAAAAUAAUAUUUAAAAAGGGUCGGGAAUUUAUUUUCCCAUCAAACCGUCAAACUGGCUACCAACAGGAGACGUGGUAUUAAACCACCAGCAGCGCCCAGGACUGCUUCCACCGGGACUCGUGUGAAGGGAUUGAAGGCGGGUAGCAACGUUGUUAGCGACGUAGAUGCGUGCAUGGCGACGAGUUUUCUGCCUUUCUGCGCGCAUUGCGAGAAUCAGAUUGUAGUACCGAACACGAAGAUCCUCUACUGCUCGGAGAAGUGCCGGCGAAAGGACCAGUCGAAACCACCACCACUGUCACCAACUCUCGCCAGUGCUCCAUUCCACUAUGCCCCACCGCCCAGUCACAUCCCUGCUCCGUCGAGAAACUACGUCGAGCCCUCAAUGCCUACAGCGCCCCGCGCCCUGCCAACUCCCCCAUCCCCGCAGCUCCACCCAGUCUACUUCCCGCCAGAGCCGGCUCCCCUCCCAUCGCCGACGUCCCUUCCAUCCUCCCCGUCGUGUAUAUACGCCCCACCCCGCCGGCCGCCCAUCCGCACUGCGAGUACGUCGCAGUACCACACGCGCCCGCUGCCACCACUGCAUAACCCGGAAUCAUACUCUUGUUCACCGCGCUCGAUCGACCUGGUAACGCCCUGGACGGAGGGGGAGGACACGGGACCAUCCUCACUUCCCACAAAGGAGUUCGAGAAUCAAGUCGGUAGCUUGAAGACCCUAUUCAAUUUCGACCGCAUCCGUGGAACGCCUACCUUCUCCGAGACCAACACACCGGCUGGGCGGUCGCCUGUGAGGAAUGGGGUUUUAGCGAGGGGGUCGAAUGGGGUGGGUCGGAGUCCGUGGAUGUGAGCGUAUGCAUUGCGGCCUCUCCAUCUCUCCAGUGAUUGAUGACGGUUGGCCGCAUUGCUUCUUUGUUUGUUUGUCUGUUUCUUAAUAGCGAUGUGUGCUAUCUAUCUAUUUCUUUUUCUUUUUUCUAUCUUUUAUUUCUCCCAUGAUUGUUUAAAUUAUCGGAAACUGCCGUUUAUGAUGGGAUUGGACUGGUUGGGAUAUAUAUAUAGACAGGAGAGGAGUUCUUUUUUUUUUCUUUUUUUUUUUUUUCUGAUAAUCUUUUUUUCUUCAUUUAUUCUGGAUACUGCAUGGCGCUCCUCUUUCUGUCGGGGUUUUUCUGUUUUCCCCUCUUUCUAUCAUAGCGAGGUGUUAAGUGUAGUACGCCUUUCUUAUUAUUUUACCUAUAUCAUUCCUAUUCCCCUAUUUUCUAAACUCUUCUUUUACUACCCCUCUCAUGCACAUAGGACUCUUGUCAUCAUCUUCGUAUCAUCAUAGCACCUCGUAUCAUAAGGCUAGUGGGGACCCUGUUUUUCAUUCACACCCCUCAAUUAUCUCACCGAGUUUCCCCUUCUUCCCUCCCCCCCCUACGAGUACUUGAUCCUAUAUCAUCAUCACCACCUAUCAAUCAUGUAGGAAGUCGAGCAAAUAAACAGACAAACGGACAAACAUG